AUGGCCAUUACCGAGUUUAUUAGUGGAUGUGCCAAAAUCUACGCUUAUAAACUGUCAAAUGGCCAAACCUUGUGCAAGCGCCCUGAUGAAACCACCAAAACUGUUGAUACUGUUAUUGCUACGGAGAAGUCUUUGAAAUAUGCAGAAGAGGCGAAGAAAAAGAAGAAGAAGAAGAAUGUCAAAUUAUUAAGGUUAGCUAUUACCCAACUUCUACGUCUAAAUCUGAGGAAAAGUUCAGUGUUUACGCCUGGAAAAGAAGAAUUAGAGAGUUUAGACGCGGCCUUGAUCAAAAGCGUUGGCCCCAGAGGAAUGACGGACAUUGUACCCUCUCCAGAAUGGACCGCCGACGAAUGGAUGCCAGUUGUACUAAACUUUUGUACCGUCGAAGAAUAUCAUCCCAGAGAUUCUAAUGCAGAUGUUGCUUGGUUCUAUCUAUUGGAUUCUGAAAGCGUUGAGACAUUCACCUGGGAUGAAGUACCACCUGAUGAGGACUGA